AUGGAGGUAAUCGAAUGUCAGCAAGCAUUCAAAACAAUCGAUGGCAAAUUCGGCUUCUUUUGUAUGAAAGGCAUCGUGCGAAUGAACGACCAGCUUUACCUUGCAUCGUGGCACCAGCGCCGUGAGACUGGAAUCGAGCUUGCCGACCUCUUCAACGUCAAGCAGCUGCAAACAGAGGACAGAGGGCCCAAGCUGCAGCCCUCGUGGAAAGUAGCAGUAGCGGAUACAAGUUCAACGGGCCGGGGCGACUCGGACUCGGACCACUACGUGAAGGCCCCAAAACUAUCCGACUACGCCCCCGACUUCGACCUCGAAUUCCGCAUGCAGCUAGAAAUCCAAGUGUGCGAGAUCCUACGGCACAAUCCACACCCAAACAUCGCCACCUACCACGGCUGCCGCGCCGUCCACGGACGCGCUUCCGCACUCUGCUUCAAUAAGUACGAGAAAACACUACUGGAGGCCAUGAAUCCGCAGGGCUUGAACAAACGCCACUUCAUGUCGAGCGGUCGGCCUCUGGUUGGCCAUGGCAUCCUGCGCGCGCUCGACCAGCUGUUGGGAGGCAUUCGGCACCUCCACUCCCUCGACCUCGUCCACAACGACAUCGCGCCAGCCAACAUCAUGUGGGACGAGACUCAUCAGACGCUCGUGCUCAUCGACUUUGGUAGCUGCCGCCACGUUGGUGAGCAACUACGAAAGACAGCGACGGGAAGGACACACGAGUGGCAUGAUCCAGCUGUUGAUUCUUCGACUCCGGAUAAUGAUAUGCAGGCGUUCGCCGAGUUGAAGACAUGGUUAUCGGGGUCUGUGGAUGAUCUGCAAUGGUAG